AUGUGCCGCGUGGUUCUUACCAGAACCAGAGAGGCCGCCGAGGUGUUCGAAGAGGCUACUCCAAUGGCCGGGGAGGUCGAGGAGGUGGUGGUUAUCCGAAUGGUAAUGGUAAUUCCGGUGGAAACGGUUACCCAAGAAGCUACUACAGCAACAGAGGAAGGGGACGUGGCGGUGGUAAUGGUGGUGGAGGAAAUGGCCAUUCAUACAACAACAACCACCAAGACUCUGCUGCUCCUGUUGCUUCUUAGAUUUUUAGCCUCUGGCUUUUGGGUGCGUCUCUUUCAUAUUCUCCCGUUUCUGGUACAACUUAUAUAA